AUGCAACAGGACGCUGCCGGUAACAACGAGGUUCAACUUUCAAUAGUAAGCACACUCGGAAAACGAGGCCGGUCCUCAGAUCCCCAAGGUCCCCCUGGAAAGAUCCAGCAAAUGGACACAGGCUCUGACAUGGACACCAACGAAUACUCCAUCUCCGACGUGGAACACACACAGCCCGUGCGGGACGAGGUAUAUUACAUGGAAGACGGGAGUUGUAUCUUCCUAGUCCAAAAUACCUUGUUUAACGUCCACCGCUCAAUCUUGAGCAAAGACUCUUCCUCAUUCAGCGCAAUGUUCUCCCUACCCCAAGGUCCCCCUUCCUCCUCCCCCUCAGAAGGCAGCUCAGACAACAACCCCAUAAUCCUACACGGCGACACCCCCUCCGAAUUCCGCCACUUCCUCUGGGCAUUAUACGCACUCCCCCCCGAACUCCGCAUCGUCACGACCCCAAGCGCAGAUCUAAGCCAACUCAUCGACAUAGCGCGCGUAAGCAACAAAUACGCGUUCAAAACACUCGAAACGUGGGCACUCGAUGCGAUUCAGGUGUAUGUGAACCGAAAACCGUGUCCGAUUUUGUCGGCUAUACCGCCGCCUGCAUCGUACACUUUUCCGGCGCAAAACGCCAGUGCUAGCGCUGUAGAAGGCACAGCAGCGAACACAGACCAACUUACGCGAUUGAUAAGGCUUGCGCAAUUGUGUGGACACCAAGCGUUAUUAGACACAAUGAUCGAUUUGUUGACGCAGCUGAUGACGUCGUCGUUGCAAUAUGCCUACCUAGCCAUGACGCUAGCCGACGAACUGGAUAUACGAGCCCUCAAAGGCGCAGCGUACCUCGAGAUAAUGCAAAAGGCUACGGUAGUCACGGCUGUUGGCGUUGAUCUGACCAAACCCACGCCAGGAUUCGGAGGGUUGGGAGCGUCCAACACAUCCACUUUUUCCUCAACAACCCCAGUCAGAAAGGAACCCCGUCUCCUCAUAACCCCCUCUCAACAACUCCGUCUUUUAUCAGGGUACUACCGCCUAACCCGAAUCUGGGAAUCCCUACGCACCACACCCCCACCGUUCGAACAUGCCCCUUCCUGCGGCGCAACAUGGCAUCAACAUGGGUGUAACCAAUCAUGGGUCGAGUUCUGGAAGGAUAAAACUAGGGGAGACGUUGUACUAGGGAAGGGGUUGGCGGAUGUGUUGGGGAGGUUGAAGGUUAUACAGAAGGAUUAUGAUCGGCUUGGGAGCUCGACGGCUACGUAUAUGCAUCAUGAUUGUAGGAUUGCGGCGAGGAGGAGUAUUGCGGAGUGUAUUAGGAAGAUUGAGGAGGCUUUGCCGGAUUUGUUUGGGGAGGGUCAUGGUGGGGAUGGGGAUGGGUGUUAG